GAGGGGAGUCGGAUUUGUACGCCGUAGGAAUUGAUUAAUUAUGAUUAAAUUCUAAUAGUGUACAUAAUUGGUAAUUUUGUAUAUUGGAGUUAAUUAAAGUGAAAGUUGAGUAGCUAGGGCAAUAAAAUUUUCAAAAAUCCUUUUCCUCGGCCCAAUUGGAUCAACGACUACUCAUCUCCCUCCGCUGCAAACUUGCCAUCCAUUUUUCCGGCGAGCUUCUCCGGCGAAACCGAGUUGCAGAUUUUCCCCAUUCUUUUUCCAGCGAUUUUAGCUGUAACAAUGUGAACAGAGCUGCAAUUCAAAUUCAUAAAGAAAGGCUCAACUUCAAUUAGUCAUAGUUCUUUGCAACUUUUACGAGUUACUUCGCAUAUUUGUUUGUUCCGCAAGUGGUAACGUAUUCAAAUCUUAAUUAAGCUUAUAGUUGAAGGGUAGAAAUAUUCAAAUUGCAUGCCAAUUUUUGAUUGAAUUAUCUGUAUCCAUUCAGCUCUAUUUGUAUCCUAGGGUUCCUGAAUAAAAUGAUCUUGAAUCAUGUGCAGCUCAGGAUAUCCUAAUUUUUUAUUAAAUGAUCAAGAGGAAGGUAGUUAGCUAUCACCAUCAAAGGGUAGUGUAGUGGUAAGUACUCUUUCAGUCUUAACAAGAGGUCUCGGGUUUGGGUAUGGAGUCGCCUUUGGUAAGGAGUGCUUUACCUCCAAAGUGGAACUUUACGGCACGAAUCCUGAUUAGUCGGGCCCAAAACGCGUACCGGACAUUGCGUGAGAAACAGACAAAAAGAGAAAAGAGGAAAUUAGCUGCCAGGAUAAACCUGGGGGGAAGAUUAUUAAUAAUUUGUUGCACUGUGGAACUAGUGCAAUCAAUAGUGGAGUAUAACUAGUGAUGGACUUUGCUUCUAAAUUUACUAAAUUAAUUACUAUAUACAUUUUAGCCUUCUGUGUGAUUUGCAGAUAAGGGGAUACUUUCUGCAUAUGACUAGUAGUUAAUAUCUAUUUGGACAGACUCAACGUGCUCCUUUCAUAGGACACAGCAAUCUAAGGGUGUUCACAACCAUGUGUUAGCGGUUCAUAGUUAGAAGAUCAUUUUUAUCUGAUUAAACUUUCAUUAAAUGAAAACUAUAGUAGCUCGCCUUAAUAAAGAUUGAGCGUGAGUAUGUCUGUUUCAUUGCUCACACAUCUGUUGUAUCAUACUGUUCAGUGUGCACAAAUAGGUCUUUCUAUUUUCUGUUCUUCAGCAGAAAAGGAUUAAGUAGGUCAAUGCCUUAGACGAAACUUUUGGUCUUUGAAAACAUGUACCGAUAACACUUUCCUUUGAUGAUAAGUUGACAAAUGAUGAGGUAUUAAACAUGAUCAACUGUUUUUCUUACACAUGUCAAAUCAUAUGGUAUUGGUUAUGGUAAUUAGGACCUUUUCAGUUUUAUGUACGCUUCAUAUUUUCUAACUGACCACUUCUCUAAUACUCUCAUCCUUGUCCAAUCUUCUUGAAAUACAAUAUUUCAGUGGCUAACAUUUUUUUUUUCAUUUUGAGAAUGGUAACAUGUUCAGUGGCUAACAUUUAUGAUGUUAUCAGGAUCCUAACUUAGCAAAAUAAGGCAUCAUCUUAACUUGGUAACUAAUGUUAACUAAGUAGAGAAGGUUUAUAUAGAAUCCAAGCUCCACCUCUCCCUCAAUAUCUAUUUCAUUGUAGAUACAUUGUUUUGAGUGAUUUUGUUGUCCAUAUCCUAUUUGUUUCCCUUAGACCCUUACUUUUCUUUUAUUAUCCUUUCGGUUGCUCCGUGUCAAUCUCUUUAUUCACCUCCGCUUUCCCAUUAAUUGUUGUCGGUUUCUCCAACUUCCACCUUCCUUUUGUUCACCACUCUUCCUCUUUUUCUUCAGCACGACAGUUGUCAUCUUCGAUGUAUCCAUGCUUAUCUUUGUUUCGGUGGUGUCUCUAGUCCUCAUAUUUUUCCCAGAUUUGAAAGUUUUUUCUCUGUCGCUCUUUCACUUAUGACCUUGCCUAAUUGGUAGAGUUGUAAGUGCUUCAUUUACUGGUGCUAAUUUCCCUGUUCCUUUGAUCUUGUAAAAGUUGUUCAAAUCCGCUAGGCAUCAGGCCAAUCUUUUGGCACUUCUUUUGCCGUUACCAUCUUAAUAAGCACGAUGAUCUCUGCUGAUCCACCUGGUGAUGAAAUGACAAACAUUUUGUCAAGACUUCCUGUCAAAGCUCUCAUGCAAUUCAGGUCUGUUUGCAAAUCUUGGUUUAAUCUUAUUAGAGAUCCUCAUUUUGUUAACAUGCAUAUGAAUCAGCAUUCAUCAUAUAAGAAAAGCUACUUGAUAAGUAAAGAUAUCUUAGAUGUUGGGGAAAAAGAAUGUUGCACUUUGUACUGUGAUGAAACAUUUGCCGAGCACAAGAAACUGGAAUUUCCCUUGUGGGAAUCAACUAAAAGUUUUGAAGUCUUUGGCUGUUGCAAUGGUGUUCUCUUUCUUCUUUACCCUAUAACUCCUAGAUCUGGUUGCAACAUGUAUUUUUGGAAUCCAGCCACAGAAAUAGUCAAGAAUCUUAGCAGUUCUACUGUUCAGCUUCCUAACAUUCCUGUUCAUUUGGUGUUUGGGUUUGGUUACAUUCCUAAAUUGGAUGAAUAUAAGGUGGUAAGGAUUUUGUAUUCUGAGCAAAUGAAUCUAACAGACCCCCCAAAACUUCCGCCUAUUGUUGAAGUUUACUCAUUGAAAACAGAUUCUUGGACAAAGAUUGAAAUUGAUCUUUCAUACUUUAUUACAAGCCAUAUGGCAAAGGCAUUUCUAGAUGGAUCGAUAUAUUGGGUUGCAAGAAAUGUUAACGAAACUGUAUAUGAUGACUUUAUUGUAUUUUUCGAUAUGGCUGGCCACAUUUUUGAAGAAAUAAAGCUGCCAAAGUCUUGCCUCGACGAUGGUGCAUUAACUGGAUCGUUAGCAGUAUUUCGUGAUUCACUUUACCUAUUUGUUCACGGCCCUGAAUCACUAGAUUGGUGGCAUAUUUGGAUGUUGAAAGAAGAUUGUUCUUUAAAAGUUUGGUGCCCUCAGUUUAAAAUUGAUUGCUCAUUCAAAAUCUGUUGGCCCCUAUGUUUUAUGAAGAAUGGUGAGGUUAUAUUCGAAUCCAUUGAGGGCGACUUUUCUAUUUAUGACCCUAUAAACCAACAAUUUCAAGAUCUUCACUUCCAAGGGAAUCCUGAGAUGAUAGAACUAUUUGCAUACAAGGAGAGCUUGGUUUUACUUGAUUUAGUAACUAAAUCUUGGCCUAGCAAAUUUCACGACAAUGGGAACGAAAAAGUUUGAGAGCCAAACUCUGAGGCAAAAAAGCUUCACAGAUGUGAGAGUUGGCUAUUGAUACUCAGUAAUGGGGCUCUCAACAAUAUUGCAUUGCUCAAUUCGAAGAAUGGAUUUUGGAAUGUUAUUUGUAUAGCUUGAAAACUGAUUGGUCUUGGCUUAAGUCCUGCUAAUGCACAUCUUUUACAUCCUUCCUCUCUGGUGGAUCAGCCAAUGCUGUUUCGAUCCUUUUUUAACACCCUAUGAUGUCCUACUCUGGCGAUCCUGUUCUGUUAUUGCAUUCGUAAAAGGUACACAAUUUAAAGAUCUUCUUGGUUCUUCAUGCAGAUUGACGGGUUACUAUUCUUGAACAUCUUUUGUAUCGCGACUGCAAGGAAUAAUGCAUCAGUGAAUUUUGAAAGUUUGCAGGAACCAACUCUUUACUGAUAGCUGUUACAAACUUGUUGAUUGUUGUUGUUUGAUGUAUAAUCUUAAUAGAGCAGAACCUUCUUGUGUGAGAAGUUCAUUGUUUGAAGAAUAGCUUGUUUUGUA